AUGUCACCAGAGGGCUCCUGGCUGCCUUUGGCAGAGAAUGUAUCCCCUCGUGCUGGCACAUUCCUGUUCGCCGAGGUCGACCCAUCUGCUGACGAUGUAGGAAGUAGAUACUGGAUCGUGCUGGUCGUGCCGGAACGGUUCCUACCAAGACACAUGCAAGAUCGACUAUCGAGAGUUGGCGAGACGAUCUUUCCCUGUUGGCUAAUGAAUUGGCCAGGUUCGCCCCAUCAAUUCAAAUUCCUAGGCAAAUCGAAGCUCUACAGCCUCCAAGCUGAUAUGAUGAAUUCAAUCCGAUUUGACUGGAAGAGUCACUACCGUCGAACUUAUCAAGAAGCUACUGGCGCCGCGAGCCACGAUUCGAUAGCUUACUACGAAGCUACGAUCUCUGAGCAAAGCCACAUGGUCAAUGAGCAGCGUCGUGCCGCGCGUGCGAUCCAUGCGCAAGGCACCGGUCCACACGGUCGACGACGCAGGCGUGAUGAUGAUGACGACGACGUCCUGACCAGAGGCCAACUACCACCACGACCACGCCGUCAAGGCAGGGCAUCUGACCAUUCUUCGCAGCAUAUGUUCUUUCCCGAGCAGAGUCCUCCAGAGCCAGGUUCCCCCUCACCAGAGGUCAUAAGUGACCAAGCAUCAGCGAAGCCUCACAUCAAGACCGAGGAGGAGCUGGCGCAAAUCAGCGCGAUAUCAGACGUGCAGUCAAAUAAAGUGGUCACAAUCCACGCCGGAACACCUAACCACAUACAUCGUCUACCGCAGGCUUUCAUCGACAAGUCUCCCGUCCUGACCGCUUGGCUGCAGCCAGCUGCGAAGUUGACUGACCCAUGGAUCAUGCAUCCGGCAUUGGUUUCCGUCGACAGCUCCAUCUUCGCCAAAUUGGUGCAAUAUCUCAUCACAAACACAUACUCGCCACAAGUCAGCGCUGAGCCGCCUCUGAAGCUGGAGGGCGUCGAACAGUCCAGAGCAUCCUACUCAGCUGAGCUUCUCAAAGCCGGACAUCUGUUCAUCCUCGCUGAACAAUUCGAAAUUGCGACCCUUGCGGAUCAUAUCUACACUAAGAUCACGACAGUAGAGCCAUACGGUUAUACGCGUCCGGGCCUGCUCCAUUUCGCUGAGAUCAUCUUCUCGCGCCCGAAUUUCCGCGACGGCGUUGCUGACACUACAAUCCGACGAAGCGAUUCCAGUGAGGUUGGCGAGGACAAGGAGGCCGCUCAGGAGAAUCCUGUAGACACGGGACUUCGAGUGCACAGCCAGGGGAUGGAGGAAUGGGUGGUAAGUCGCUUGGCCAAUGAGCUUAUGGACAUCAUGAAAUAUGAGCUGCCGUUGUGGGAGCGUGUCACGGCGAAAACCAUACGAAGAGGCUUGCAGCCACGGGUUUUCGCUGCCAAGGCUGCCUUGGACAAACCUUUCGGUGGACCACUCGUCGUGAUCAAGGACGAAAAUUGA